UCUUCUUCUCUUCUGCUUUUCGACCAGUAGCCAGCCCAGCAACAGAAUGCAGCAGCUGCUCCCUCUUUUCUGACCAAACGAUUGCCUUUUCCUACCCACGACGACGCGUACCUUUCAAGUUUCAUCUACUUGUUCCUCGAGCGAGAACGGCCGCCUAAGAAGAUCUCUCUCAUCCUCGUUUCACUUUGAUCCCAAGCAACAUCAUCUUUAAGAGGUUAGAUUCUUUCCCCUGUUGGGCGAUCGAGAUCGGCGAAUCGGUAAUUCUUGGGUUCGGAUCUGUUGCAAACUUGCUGACGAGAGCCGGCGGAUUAUGGUUUUCGUCGGUUGCUAGAGAGCGAGGAGAAAUCAAUUGCUCAGAUGCCGGAGGAGGAUUUGGUCGACGUGAAAUUCAGGCUCUACGAUGGGUCCGACCUCGGCCCCUUCCGCUACUCGGCGGCUUCGACGGUCGACAUGCUCAAGCAGCGAAUUGUGUCGGAUUGGCCCAAAGGCAAGGAAAUAACUCCAAAGGCAAUCAAUGAAGUUAAGCUGAUAAGCUCUGGUAAAGUGUUAGAUAAUAGCAGGACUGUUGCUCAGUGUAAAAUGCCAUUUGGUGAUGCGGCUGGAGGCGCCAUCAUAAUGCAUGUGGUUGUACAGCAGUCAUUAGCAAAGACCAAAACAGAAAAGAAGAUUGACAAAACUCCCAAGAAAAUUGUGUGCUCGUGUUCUAUCCUUUGAAAGCCAGAACUGGGAUGAUGUACAGUGAUGUGGGAAUAUUGUUGAUGUUCAUCUUGGUAUCUGUUUAUUUACAGAAACUGUGCUGCAUGCAUGACCAGAUCUUAUUGUUGUUGUUUUUGUAUCAAAUGUAAGGCCUUCCCAUUUUCUCUCAAUGAGUAAUGCGGAGCUAAAUAGUUACUUGUAUAUGCAGACGAUCGAUUGUGUAUAGUGUACCCAAGAAAGUUUGUGAUUCCGAAACUCGGAUAAUUAUAUACAAUAUCCAGUGUCUGGGUAAGUCAUGUUUGUCCGUUGUCAUUAGGGCUGACAGGAGUGGAAGAAGCAUGUCAGUACAAGUACUCUUGUGUUCAUGGCCAAAAUACCACCAUGGAUUCCAAAAUUGAAGCGAGGAAGCGGGCAAGAUUAUUGUAUGUUGGUCGAUGUAGAUCUUUGUUCAUUUUCUCUUUGGUGUGGUUUUUAACGCUUCAUUGGUAUUGUUUCUUGCGUUGGUCGUUGUUGUUUGGUUUGUUGCCUUCCCCCUUAAAAACAUUUCACCAAGGUUGACUUUCGCCUUUCUACUUGGAAAAAUAGCCCAGACCGUUAGAAAAAUCGUGGUCCAAACUGUACUGCACAGUUUGGUUCGGACUGUAAACCGUUAAGUAUAGUUUUGUUUGGUUCAUGGUCUGUAUUAUUUUAUGCUUUGAUCUCUUGGUCUGGUCUCGUCUAGAUUGCGGUUUACCGGUCCAAAUUGUGGACCCAAUCGACUUGUCCUAAUCGGGGGCCUGGAACGGCAAUGACAGAACCGCGCCUUAUGACGAAAGGGGGGAGGCCUGGAAAAGUGAAGGUGAAGGAGCUAGCUGCUCGAUCGAAGAACCCUGCUGCUUGGGUUGUUGAAAGUGAUGAAACAUCGAGUGAUUUCUAGGCCACUCGACCACUCUCCCAACUCCCACAACGACACCGAAGUCUCAACAUUAGUUUUUGUGAAUCUCGUCUCUGCUUCAUUCACAACCACAUUUAACCAGAAAGUAGAGAUUAUAACAUUAUGUUAAUGUUUAUGACAUUAUGGUGCAAGUUAGGAAUUCACAAUCACAUUUAACCAGAAAGUAGAGAUUAUGACAUUAUGGUGCAAGUUGCGAUGCUUUUACUUUGUAUUAUUGUUAUGUACUAAGAUUUAGGGUAUCAAAAUUAAUCAUGCAUGUUAGGAUUAAUGUUUUAAGGAAAAUAACAAUUAUUUUUCUUGGUCAUUGGUUCAAUUUUUUGUGUGGUUGACUAAACAAAUUAUUCAUUGUUCGUUGAGUGUGGUCUAUCUGGACCAUACCAGACCGUACAGGCGUGGUCUGGACCGGACCGUAUAAUUCGUGAUCUGGCCUAUGGUCCAUACUUCAGCCUCUCCAUCUGCACCAUAAACUGUAUAUAUGGUUGGUCUGAACUAGACCACAUCGUUUUCCAGCCCUACUCCUUAAUAUAGCCUUCCUUUACAGUUUGUUUCUUCCAUAUACUCAUCUUCAUCUGCUCCUGUCAUGCCUUUCUCGGGAUAGUCUUUAGCAUCUAGGUGCUCCACUCCCUCGUGAUGGAAGUACAAUAGUCAGGGGUGUACAAUUGUUUGGUUGGCUUUUUGAUCAUAUUAUACUGGAUCGAAUAUAAUAUGAUUUGAAAAAAUGGAUUGAAUUGAUAUUUGAAUAGGAUCAGGUCGCGGAUUAAAUACUAUGAUUGUAUGAUCUUUUAGUUCUAUGAUUUUUUAUACUAUUGAAUUGUAGUUCUCAUGAUUUGGUCUUAAUCUGUACCGGAUUGUUGCGCACCCUUGACUGAUGAUGUAAAAUAUUUUUUUUCAUCAUGUGCAAGUGUUAUGGUGAAACUCGAUGUGUGUUUAGUCGUGUUUAGCCACCUCUCUAGUCUCUACCGACUCUGGGAAUAUUGUUUUUAUCAGCAUUUCCUUUUAUCCUUUGUUUCUUAUGAUCUUAGACAUUGAACAAGAAAGACCAGCUCGUUACAUGUUGGAUACAUAUAUCAGAGGCAAAGCUUCAAAGGUAAGAGGAAUCUGAAGCCUCCUCUUCCUCGCCCUGGCCAACCGCGCUGAGUUUAUCAGCUUCUGUCGACAACCACACUAUGGCAACCGGCCAAAUUUAUGGCAUCAUGAUCUAGAUAGAUAGUCACUCUCCACUCGUCGUUCUAAUUUGGAUUUCAAUAUUUUUUUACAUAUAUUGUACGAGUUCAUUGUGAUCUACAAAAUGAUAUCCAUUUUCAAUAUACUUCGAGGAAAAUGUUUUUCAUACCAUUAGUUACGACACUGGUACCACAUUAUAUCACUUGAUACCACCUUCAUUUUACUCGAGUUUUGAAAAAUUAUGCACAGAAGGAACGAGUUCGUCGUAAUCUACUAGAUCAACAAUGGAGGAGGGGGGGGGGGAUUUCUCGACAAAAUGUAUCACCUUGGUACAGAUUGAUAAAUGGUGGUAUAUGUUGAUGAAAUGUGGGAAAUGACAGACUAAUAUAUUUCUACUAUCGUGUAUGCAAUCAUUCUACACUCUAGUGUGUUCAUACCACCAUGGUACACUUUCAUAACACGUGGUAUAAUCUUAAAUACAUACUAAGUAGUACCACAUAGUAUGAACUGGUAACAAAAGUCUUAAUUUUUUUGUUUCAAAAUAUAUCAAAGUGUAUGUCAUUUUGAAUAACACAAUUAAUAUGAUUUUUUUUAGCAAUUUAUUUAAUUUUGCCUUAAAAAGAAAGAGAUAAAGUCCAUUAUAAUUUAUUUGAGGAAGUAAGUAGCCUUACAUAAAUAAUGGGUAUCGAGUUAUGCAUGGAUAUUCACGGGAAUCGUUCUCGCUACUAUGUAGAGGAUAAGUGCUUGACAUGUCUACAAUAUGUGAAUACAUAUGUUUUGUUUGGAAAAUGAGAUUUGGAGUAUGGAUUCAUAGAAUCUAUAGAUUUUAUAUAAAUUCAAAUAUUGUAAAAUUGUACUAGAGGUUGUAGAAAAAGCUAGUGAUAGGAUAUUUUAUAUUGAAAUUGUGGUUCAAGCAUUUCAUACUGUUAAAAACCACAUACCGGUAGGGUAUAUUUACAGCAGAACCGCCUGCACAUCAUGGUUUUAGAAACACUGAGAAAAUUAUGUCUUUUAUUUAUUUUGAGAGUAUGAUUUAGGUUAAGAUAUUUUCAAAUGUAUAAAAUUAUAGAUUUAGGAGUGCCUAUUCGGUUUAAGGGUUUUUGGGUUAAAAUCGAAAUUGAACCGCUGAAAAUGUCCUUUUGAGUUUGGAUUUUUGGGUGCAACUCGAAUUGCGCUUGUAACAGGUUCGGGUUUUGGGUUCGGUUUUGGAUUUCGGGUACAUGUUUAGAUGGGGACGCCCUUCCCCGCAAGAAUAAUUAGUAACUACAUAAUUUUUUUGGAUUUUCGGGUUCCAUAUAGCCAAACCGAAACCAUUACUGAAUUUUCGGGUAAUAUCUCUUUCGUUUUAAGUCAUAAUUUAUUUAUUUUUUUUACACAGAUAAAUCUGAUUAAUUUGUGCUCUUCCGAAUGAUAUCCACUUUGAUAUUUUUUUGAAUAAAUUUUUUUGAGUCAUUUAGUACCAGUCUAUACCAUUGUGUUAUUGUUUGGUAUUACAUAAAAACAUAUCACGUGGUAUGAAAGUGUAUCAUGGUUGUAUGAACAUAUCAGACUACAUAAUGGUUGAAUACAUGAUAGUAGAAAUAUAUUAACUAUCAUUUACAACUUUCAACAUUAUGUACCACAAGAUACCACCACUAUACCAGAUUGGUAUGGGGUGAUAUUUUUUGGUCUUGUAUUUUCCCCUCAGAAAUUUGUAGAUCCAAUAGAUCAUGAUGAACUCGUUCCUUCUAUGCAACAAAUUUCAAAAUCGACUUAAAACGAGAAGGUACCAUAUGGUAUGGAGGUGGUAACGAGUGGUAUGAUUGGCAUAAAAAAAUCUCGAAAUAUAUUGAAAAUGGAUCUUUUUGUAGAUCACAAUAAGCUCAUUCCACCUGUGCAAAAAAAAAAUUGAAAUUCAAGUUAGAACGAAGAAGAUAAGUGUAAUACCUCAAGCGAAAUCCCACAUCAGCAAAGCAUGGGAGAGAUCCAUGGUUCAUAACUAAGAAAUCGACCUUAACUGACAAGACACGUUUUUGGGUGAAAUGGAAGAGAGCUUGUGAGAACUCCGAAGUUAAACGUGCUCGUUGUGGAGCACUACAAGGAUGGGUGACAUUAUGAGAAUUCACCUGGAUAUGCAUCCCAAGUAGGGGUGGAAAUCGGUAUGGUAUCGGUAUUCCAAUACCAAACACCGAAAUCCCGAACACCGAAUUACACCCUAGAAUCAAUCUCAAUCCCUAAAUAUUUCGGUAUCCUAAUGGUACUUCGGUAUCCCAAAUGGUAUUAUCGAAUACGAAAUUAAUUACAUUUACAAUUAAUAAUUAAUAUAUAAAUUAGAUUUGAUUGUUUAAUAUAGGACAAAUAGACUA